AGAUAAGAUAUGAUCCUGUCUUUCAGAAAGGUCAGGAACUGAGGGGAUAACGCUUUAAACUUUAAAUUGAUUUGACUUGAGCUCAAAAAAAUGAUGUUUUUAGCCCAUUGCGUUAUGUUCACCCUUACCAUUGUGAAUGCUGCACAUGCAGUGAACAAUGAGAGGCAUUUGCAUCAAUUUGGGGAAGGAGACAUAUGUACUCACAGUCUGGGCAUCAUGAAGGCACAUCGAGAUGUAGUAAAACACAACACACCUGCUCGAACCACAGAUGUAUACCCUUAUUAUCGGUGUGUAAUGGCCGAAAUGACUGUGGUGACCACAGUGAUGAGUAUCAUUGUCCUUCAUCUUACACAGGGAUCUGUAUACCCUUUCUUCAGUACAUGUGUCACAACAAGUUGUGUAUUCCCUUCUAUCAACUAUGUGACGGCAACAACGAUUGUUUUGAUUGGAGCGAUGAAAUGUUCUGUCACAAGACAACUCAUCAGGCUAGGACGACGACAACACCAAAACCUACAACUGUGGUACAAACAGUAGGGAAACUCAAUGUCCGACUUGUCAAUGGAAGUAAUGCCAUGGAGGGUCGGGUGGAAGUCCAAGUUAAUGGCGUCUGGGGCACUGUUUGUGAUGACGCGUGGGAUGAUGACGACGCUAAAGUUGUGUGUAGAAUGCUGGGAUAUGAUCCAAGAACAGCCAGUCAUACGUCUAAGGCUAGAUUUGGCCGUGGGUCCGGUCCUAUUUGGCUCGACGAGACCCAUUGUAGUGGACAUGAGACCUCACUAAAGCAUUGCCAGUUCCUCCCAAACUGGAUACGGAGACUGUGAUCAUUUUGAAGAUGCCGGCGUCAUCUGUCACGCUAAAACACAGCCAACAGCAGCUAUCCAAACAACAACAAAAGCAACAACAACGACUACACAAGCUACAACAACAACAACAGCAGCAACAACAUCGACUACCCAAACUGCAGCUACGACUAAAGGUGGAAAAUGGAUUGUCUUUGGAUAAGGUAGAUGCCCAUACCUCGAAACAGAUGGAUCAAUAUAUUUCAUUUGUCAGAUAUGAUGUGUAGAUAAUAUAAAGCAAGAAACGUACUCAUUCCUG